GAUGUUCAAAAACACGUUCCAGAGCGGCUUCCUCUCCAUCCUCUACAGCAUCGGCAGCAAGCCGCUGCAGAUCUGGGACAAAAAGGUGCGGAAUGGCCACAUCAAAAGAAUCACCGAUAACGACAUCCAGUCCCUAGUGCUAGAGAUUGAAGGAACCAAUGUCAGCACCACGUACAUCACGUGUCCUGCAGACCCAAAGAAGACGUUGGGGAUUAAACUUCCCUUCCUCGUCAUGAUUAUCAAAAACCUGAAGAAAUAUUUUACCUUUGAAGUACAGGUGCUAGAUGACAAGAAUGUGCGUCGGCGGUUUCGGGCAAGUAACUACCAGAGCACCACGCGGGUGAAACCCUUCAUCUGUACUAUGCCCAUGCGGCUGGACGACGGCUGGAACCAGAUCCAGUUCAACCUGUCAGACUUUACUCGGCGGGCGUAUGGCACAAAUUACAUUGAGACCCUGAGAGUGCAGAUCCACGCAAACUGUCGCAUCCGACGGGUGUACUUCUCAGACAGACUCUACUCAGAAGACGAACUGCCAGCAGAGUUCAAACUGUAUCUCCCAGUUCAGAACAAGGCAAAGCAAUAACUGGAAUGCAACUCAAGGGAUAGACCCCGGACAUGACUCUUAGUUUAAAAAGGAAACUAUCUGGAGGACAAUGCAAAACAAAUAUUUAUGUUAGUUCUCUGUCUGUGCUUCUUUUAUCUAUUCCCUGACGUCCCUUGUCAUGGGCACCGGUGACCAGGCCGUAACGCCGUAGUUGCGUUGUGAGUACAGUGAGGGGUCAGCCGUCCUUUGACAGGCGAACACGGGAGCCGCUCCUGCUGUCUGCCCUCGUCUGUGGGGAGAGGCAGUCGCCACGGACUUCAGAGUUCAAGAUGUCCCCAAAGGCGGUUUCAGACCAAUCUUCCUUCCUAUGGUCUGUUGUUUGUUUUAUAUAUUAUCUAAAUAUAUGUAUAUGCUGUGUAAUACUCAUAAUCUGCAAAUUAAUAAAAUGUUUUAUUCUGGGUUUGUAAA